GGAUUCAUCGCACUUAAUUGCGAAACCGUACUCGAUUACGCAGCGUCAAAGGAAAACGUUGCCAAAGUUUUGGGAGGCGCCUCGACGCGCGCGUCGUGGUCGGCGAAAGAAAUCGGUGACGGUAACAUCAACUUUGUCUACAUCGUCACCGGUGCGUCUGCAAAUAAAUCCGUCAUCGUGAAGCAAGGUUUGCCAUUCGUACGCUGUGUUGGCGAAAGUUGGCCCCUCACGCAGGAGCGCGUUCGAUAUGAAGCCGAGGCGCUCAUUCAAGCGCACAAAUUUUGCCCCGAGCACGUCCCGGAAGUGUACGUGUACGACGCUACGAUGGCAACUAUCGUCAUGCGAUACCUAGAACCACCGCACAUCAUCCUCCGAGGCGGUAUUAUUGAAGGUAAAGUGUACCCAAAGUUGGCCGAACACGUCGGCGAAUACUUGGCGACGACACUCUACAAGUCGUCCGCGUUGGCCGUCGGCGGUGCCGAACUUCGACGCGCACGUCAAGCUUUCGGGCAAAACGAGGAUAUGUGCGAGCUCACUGAACAAGUCAUCUUCACCGAACCGUACGGUAAGGCUGAUAACAAUCAUUGGACGACGCCACAGCUCGACGACAUCGUCGGCGAGAUUCAAUCCGACGCCGCACUCAAGCGCGCCAUCAACGCGCUGAAGGAAAAAUUUAUGACUGAAGCGCAAGCGCUGCUGCACGGCGACUUGCACACCGGCUCUUUGAUGUGCACGGAGACGACAACAUUCGCGAUCGACAACGAGUUCGCGUUUUAUGGGCCGAUGGGAUUCGACAUUGGCGCAUUUUUAGCAAACCUACUGUUAGCCUACUUCUCUCAAAACGGUUGGGCGAAGUGCAACGGAGAAGAUCGCGGCGCACAACGCGACUGGCUCUUGAGCGCUUUUGCGUCUACGUGGGGUAUAUUCGAAAAACGUUUCUUAGAACAGUGGAACGAACAAGGAGUGCGCGACGACUGUGGUGGUUUGUCGCCCGCAAUUUUGUACGGUAAAGAUGUGAAGAGCGGCGCGAGCGCUCUCGAGGAACAUCAACGCACGUUCAUGCGAAAGAUAUGGGCCGAUACUCUCGGUUUCGCGGGUGCUAAAAUGAUUCGUCGCAUCAUCGGCAUCGCGCACGUCGCUGAUUUGGAUAAGAUACCAGACGCCAACGUACGCGCCCAGUGCGAACGCGCGGCGUUAAAGUGCGGUCGCGAGCUCAUG